UCCCCAUGAGGUCCCUGAGGGCCUUAAAUGAGGAGGCCUGGAGGUAUAGAAACCAUUAUCUACUCGGGCUUGUCUCGCAGUCUUUGAGCCCCUUCCCUUCGGAUUUAGGUCUGUUGACACACCUUGGAAAUAUGACUUCUUCCAACCCUGACCAGCGUCUGGAGCAUCUCCUCAGCGCCGUGGAGAGCGAGUUCCAGAAGGGCAGUGAGAAGGGAGACGCGUCCGAGAGGGAUAUUAAACUGACGCUGGAGGACGCAGACUUAUGGAACAAGUUUAAAGAAUUGACCAACGAGAUGAUUGUCACCAAGACAGGAAGGAGAAUGUUUCCGGUUCUGAGGGCCAGCGUAACAGGUCUGGACCCAAACGCCAUGUACUCGGUACUGCUGGAUUUCGUCGCCGCGGACAAUAACCGCUGGAAGUACGUGAACGGGGAGUGGGUUCCCGGAGGCAAACCGGAACCCCAGAGCCCGAGCUGCGUCUACAUCCAUCCGGAUUCCCCAAAUUUCGGAGCGCACUGGAUGAAAGCGCCGGUGUCCUUCAGCAAAGUCAAGCUCUCCAAUAAACUAAACGGCGGCGGUCAGAUCAUGCUGAAUUCUCUGCACAAAUAUGAGCCGAGGAUACACAUCGUGAAGGUGGGAGGCAUCCAGAAGAUGAUCAGCAGCCAGUCCUUCCCCGAAACACAGUUCAUUGCAGUCACUGCUUAUCAGAAUGAGGAGAUCACAGCUCUGAAGAUAAAGCACAAUCCCUUUGCUAAAGCCUUCCUGGAUGCCAAGGAGAGGAGUGACCAUAAAGAAGUGUCCGAUCACAGCACAGACAGUCAACAGUCUGGAUAUUCUCAAAUUGGAGGUUGGUUCAUCCCAGGCCAGAGUCCCAUCUGCCCCAGCAGCAGCCCCCCUCAGUUCAGCACCACAACAGGCCACUCUUCUGGAACCUACUGCGAGCGCUACUCCAGCCUGAGGAGCCACAGAGCGGCCCCGUACCCCAGCCACUACCCCCACCGCACCACCAGCACAAAUAACUACAUGGACAACACUUCAGGGGCUCUGCCAACUCAUGACAGCUGGUCUGCUCUUCAGAUCCCCAACUCCACAGGCAUGGGCACUCUGUCCCACACCACCAACUCCACAUCCAAUUCUAGUCAGUACCCUAGCCUCUGGUCAGUAGCUGGCACCACGCUCACCCCUUCAGGCUCGGCUUCGGGCUCCAUACCUGGAGGCCUGACCUCCCAGUUCCUCAGGGGCUCUUCAUACACAGGCCUGACCUCCUCACUGCCUGUCUCCUCACCUUCCCCAAUGUAUGACCCCAGCCUGGGUGAGGUUGGGGUCGGGGAAGCCCAGUUUGAGAGUUCCAUUGCCAGGCUGACUGCUAGCUGGACGCCUGUAGCUCAGACCUACUGAGCAGCUGAAGCUACCUGGCCAACAUCUACAGGGGUCGGAGGCAUUUGGAGCAGGACCACAGACAUGAACGCAGCUCCUGGAGAAUAUGUGGAAAUUUCACCACGUCUAAAAGGAUUUUGUGAAACAGCUUAGAGCAGAGGAGGGCAAAUAAUUUUCCCAAGGAGCCACAUGAGAAACUGGGACUGUUGUGGAGAGCCACACCAAUUUGCCUAUAGAGUGCGGCUCUCCAUAACAGUCCCACUUUCUCGUGCAGCUCAUUGGGAAAUAAUAAUUGCCCACCCCGAGAGAUAUUUGAACAAGAUGACUUGAAUAAAGCUGAGAGAACUUUGAAAUUGAAGACAAUCAGUCAGUUUCCCUCUAAAGAGAUAAGCUUUAGAAUAGCUGCACAGUCAGAAAUUAUUGCUCUUAGUAAAUCCUCUAUGCUUAUUGCAUAUUUGUUACAUGGUUGUGUGGUGUCACCACCCAGCUGACAUCACACAGCUAAAGUGAACUGAACAGUAUCUUGAUGCACGCUAAUCAUCCAGGUAAGGAAAUCCCCCAAACUUGUAUCCCUUCAUCUGGAUGGAGCGUUGCAAAGGUUUCGUCACUCAUCCCAGUGACUUCUUCAAUCGUUUCAUUUGUAUUCUUAACUGUAUAAGAGGAAAGGUUCUGCUAAUAUUAAUGUGUAUAUGUGUGUAUAUAGAAUAAAUUAAUGUCCUGUGUUUUUUCAUAUAAAUGUGCCUUUUGUGAGUCCAAUAUAAAUGUUCUGUGUUCAGACUGAGCGACAUAAGUGCCUUCUACAUCUUGUAAGGGAAUAAAAAGAUGCCCCCUACACAAGUGCCUGUAUAUAUAAGCCUUUCUUAUUUGUAUCUGGUGAACUCUCUUGAGUUUUAU